ACACAGAGCAAUCCACUUCCACAGCAGGACCGAAGCUUGCACACAUAACUGCUCCACGCCGAGGGAACAGUCAGACGUCAGGAUGGCCGCCGCUCGACUCACCCUGUCUGUGUUUGUGGUGCUGAUGCUGGCUGCUGCCAUCAACGUGACCCAAGGUAUGCGAAGUGUCGGGCCGAAGAAAUGCUGCUUUCAGUUCAGAGAGAAUCCUCUGCCGAAAAACAGAGUGUCCAGUUACAUGAAGACAAGCCAGAGCUGCUCCAACCCGGCCGUGGUGUUGGAAACGGUGGCCGGUCGCCAGCUGUGCGUGAGGCCUUCAGCCGCAUGGGUGCAGAAGAUCAUCAGCUACCUGGAUGCUAAAUUCGUCGCAGGACAGGCAUCGAACCUGUAACCAUGGUGGCAGCACGUCUAUUACUACUGCUACUACUAAUACUACAGUCCAUGUGCUUCCAUGAACAGAAUGUGUACAACUAAUGCAAUGUGAUGCUGCAAUAUUCACGCAAAAUAUAUAUACAGUAAAUGUAUCACAGGUUAGCCAUGAAUGUAAGUACUAAGUAUUAUUCAAAGUUGGGUUUUUUUGUUGUUGUUUUUUAACCUUCACAUAUUUUUCAACGUGUUUAAACAUGGUUUAAUAUCAUUGUCAUGAAAGCUGCAAGUACAAAUGUCCCAGUACUUAGAUUUAUAUUGAUUAUUUGCAUUUCUAGUUAAAUGUUUUUGUGUUAUUGUAUGGAAGAUUUUUGUUUUUAACACAGAGAAGAUUUAUUGUUGAAAAAACAGUUCCUCCUCAACACAGUAGACUAUAAGCUUAACUACUAUUUCUCGACCAAAACACUGUGACAUUUAUAUGAAGGAAUAUUAUUUUUUUCCAAGGAUGUUUUGAAUUCAGUGACCUAAUUUAACAAUUUAUAUUUCUGAGUGCUUUUGCUAAAAAUCUGGAUCAUAUUCAUUUG